AUGGUUAAACAGCGCCUGGGCUGCGAUGGCUCCUCCCGGUCCCUCCCCGCGGCCGGCCCCGGUCACGGCCCGGCCGCCCAGCCCCAGUCCAGCCCCAGCGCCGACCUCCGCCACCGCCCAGCCCGGUUACACCGGCCGGGGCCACCGGGCCACCGGCAGCACCGGGAGCACCGGCGGUACCGGGAGUCCCGGGGGUCCCGCGUCAUGAUCUGCGGCAGGAAGGCGCGUCCCGCCGCCGAGCAGCUCCGCGCCCCGUCUGACGGUGCCGGAGGCUCCCGCCGGCCCGGGAGAGCCCUGAAGAAAAUGGGGCUGACGGAGGAUGAGGAUGUCCAGCGGAUGCUCCGGGGGUCCCUGCUCUGGAAGGUGAAGGCCAAGGGGGGCUGCAGGGAGCGGCUGUUCCGCCUGCAGGAGGACGGGGUCACCGUCUGCUUCGAGGGACGCUUCGGGCGUGCUCGCUCCCCCCGGAGCUUCUCGGUGUCGCACAUCGAGGGGGUGCGCGAGGGUCGCCAGUCGGAGGGGCUGCGCAAGCACGGGGCCGCCUUCCCCGAGCGCCACUGCUUCACCCUCGCCUUCAAGGGCCGCCGCAAGAACCUCGACCUGGCCGCCCGCGGCGAGGAGGACGCCCGGCACUGGGUGCAGGGGCUCACCAAGCUGAUGGGGAGGCUGCAGGCCAUGAGCCAGAUGGAGAAGCUCGACCAUUGGAUCCAUGGGGUCCUGCAGCGAGCAGACAGGAACAAGGACAACAAGAUGUCCUUCCGGGAGGUGAAGAGCAUGCUGAGGAUGCUCAACAUCGACAUGGAUGACGUCUACGCCUCCAAGCUCUUCAAGGAGUGUGACCACUCGGGCAAUGAGCGGCUGGAGGGCCGGGAGCUGGAGGAAUUCUGCCGGCGCCUGCUGCGGCGGCCGGAGCUGGAGGAGCUUUUCGGGCGCUACUCGGGCGAGGAUCGGGUCCUGUCGGCAGAGGAGCUGCAGGAUUUCCUGAGGGAUCAGGGCGAGGACUCCAGCCUGCGGCAGGCCCGCACCAUCAUCCGCACCUAUGAGCUCAACGAGAAGGCCAAGCAGCAGGACCUGAUGAUGCUGGAUGGCUUCAUGAUGUACCUGCUGUCAGCUGCUGGUGACAUCCUUAACCAGGAGCACACCAAGGUGCACCAGGACAUGAGCCAGCCCCUGAGCCACUACUUCAUCUCCUCCUCCCACAACACCUACCUGACCCGCAACCAGAUCGGCGGCACCAGCAGCACCGAAGCCUAUGUCAGGGCGCUGAGGGCAGGGUGUCGCUGUGUGGAGCUGGACUGCUGGGAGGGCUCAGACGGGGAACCUGUCGUGUACCACGGCCACACGCUCACCUCCAAAAUCCUCUUCCGUGACGUCAUCGAGAGCAUCCGUGACUCCGCCUUCGAGAAAUCCCCCUACCCCGUCAUCCUGUCCCUGGAGAACCACUGCGGGCUGGAGCAGCAGGCCACCAUGGCCCGGCACAUGAAGGCCAUCCUGGGGGACAGGCUGCUGACACAGCCCCUGCAGGGGCAGGACCCUCACCAUCUCCCCUCACCGGAGCAGCUGAAGGAAAAGAUCCUGGUGAAGGGCAAGAAACUGCCAGAGUUGUGGCAGGAGCCCCGGGGUGUCACCUCCCUUCUGGACCUCGAGGAGGAGGAAGAGGAAGAGGAGGAAGAUGAAGAGGAGGAGAAGGUGCAGGAGAGAAGCCCCCGGAGGUCACUGCAGUCACUGCAGGAGAUCAAACCUCUGCAGGCCAAGGACGCGUCGCAGGUGUCCCCAGAGCUGUCAGCAUUGGUGGUGUACUGCCAGGCUGUCCCCUUCCCCGGGCUGGCCCAGGCCCUGCGCCACCCCCAGCCCUGCCAGAUGUCCUCCUUCAGCGAGAGGAAAGCACGGAAACUCAUCAAGGAGGCAGGCCCGGCGCUGGUCCGGUACAACACCCACCAGCUCAGCCGCGUGUACCCGCUGGGGCUCAAGAUGAACUCUGCCAACUACAACCCCCAGGAGAUGUGGAAUGCUGGCUGCCAGCUGGUGGCCCUCAACUUCCAGACGCCGGGGUACGAGAUGGACCUGAACGCCGGGCGCUUCCUGCCCAAUGGAUGCUGUGGUUACGUCCUGAAGCCCCCGUGCCUGCGCAGCCCCCCCGGGGAGGGGGCCCGGCGCCUGGCACUGCACAUCAGGGUGAUCACAGCACAGCAGCUGCCCAAGCUGAAUAGGGACAAGGGCAGCUCCAUCGUGGAUCCCUUCGUGCGCGUGGAGAUCCACGGGAUCCCGGCUGACUGCGCCAAGCAACAAACGCACCACAAGCUCAACAACGGUUUCAACCCGCGCUGGGAGGAGACGCUGCGGUUCCAGGUGCGGGUGCCCGAGCUGGCCCUGGUGCGCUUUGUGGUGGAGGACUACGACAGCACCUCCUGCAACGACUUCGUGGGGCAGUUCACGCUGCCUCUGCCCAGCAUGCGCCAAGGGUACCGCCACAUCCACCUGCUCUCCAAGGACGGGGCGUCCCUGUCCCCUGCCACGCUCUUCGUGCAUGUUCGUUGCAAGAGCCUGUGAGAUGUCCUCGGGAGGGACAUCCUUGUGUCCUCGAGGUACCCAUGGGAGGGACAUCGUGUCUGUGUGUGGG